AUGAAGGACAUGCUACUUAAAAUUUAUUUUCUACUUGUCCUAGUUAUCCCUGUACUAGUACAAGCUGUAGAAAAAAAAGCAGACUGCCCAGAGUCAUGUAUAUGUGAGAUCAGACCAUGGUUCACCCCCAGGUCUGUGUAUAUGGAAGCUCCAACAGUCGACUGUAAUGAUUUAGGCCUUUUCAAUUUUCCAGCCAGACUGCCUGCCGACACACAAGUUCUACUUCUACAGACUAAUAAUAUUGCAAAAAUUGAACAUUCAGUAGACUUACCAGUUAAUUUAACUGGUCUAGAUUUAUCUCAGAACAAUUUAUCCUCAGUGACCAGUAUUAAUCUUAGAAAGAUACCGCAGUUGCUUUCAGUGUACCUUGAAGAAAACAAACUUACUGAACUCCCUGAAGAAUGUCUCUCUGGACUCCACAAUUUGCAAGAACUUUAUAUGAAUCAUAAUCUGCUUUCUGUGAUUGCACCGGGAGCUUUCAUAGGCCUCAAUAAUCUUCUCAGACUUCAUCUCAAUUCAAAUGGUCUGCAAAUGAUCAACAGGAAGUGGUUUGAGGCUACUCCUAAUCUUGAAAUUCUCAUGAUUGGAGAAAAUCCAAUAGCCAGAAUCGAAGAUAUGAAUUUUAAGCCUCUUAUCAAUCUACGCAGUCUAGUUUUGGCAGGCACAAAUCUCACUGAAAUACCAGACAAUGCUUUGGCUGGCCUUGACAAUUUAGAAAGCAUCUCCUUUUAUGACAACAGAUUUGUUAGAGUGCCUCACAUUGCUCUUCAAAAGGCUAUAAAUCUUAAAUUUCUGGAUCUAAAUAAGAAUCCCAUUAACAGAAUACGACGAGGAGAUUUUAGCAAUAUGCUGCACCUAAAAGAGUUAGGGAUUAAUAACAUGCCUGAACUGAUUUCUAUAGAUAGUCUUGCUGUUGAUAAUUUGCCAGAUUUAAGAAAAAUAGAAGCUACCAAUAACCCCAGGUUAUCGUACAUUCAUCCAAAUGCAUUCUACAGACUUCCCAAACUGGAAUCGCUCAUGUUGAACAGCAAUGCGCUGAGUGCCCUGUACCGCAGUACCAUAGAAUCCUUGCCUAACCUCAAAGAAGUUAGCAUACACAGCAAUCCCAUUAGAUGUGACUGUGUCAUCCGCUGGAUUAACAUGAACAAAACAAACAUUCGCUUCAUGGAGCCGGAGUCCCUGUUUUGUGUGGAUCCUCCUGAAUUCCAAGGCCAGAAUGUGAGGCAGAUACACUUCCGGGAAAUGAUGGAAAUCUGUCUCCCCCUAAUAGCUCCUGAAAGUUUCCCAUCUACUCUGGAUUUAAAAACUGGCAGUCACAUUUCCUUACACUGCAGAGCAACAGCAGAACCAGAACCUGAAAUCUACUGGAUAACACCAUCAGGACAAAAACUCUUGCCUAAUACUAUUUCUAACAAAUACUACAUUCAUUCCGAAGGAACAUUAGACAUAAGUGAUGUAACACAAAAAGAAAGUGGUCUAUACACAUGUAUAGCCAUGAACUUAGUUGGGGCGGACCUAAAGUCAGUAAUGAUUAAAGUAGAUGGCUCUUUCCCUCAGGACAGCAAUGGACCUUUGAAUAUUAAAAUACAAGACAUAAGAUCUAGUUCUGUUUUGGUUUCAUGGAAAGCAAGUUCUAAAAUUCUGAAGUCCAGUGUUAGAUGGACAGUCUUUCUGAAUGCUGAAAACCCUCAAGCUGCACAGAGCGCUCGAAUACCUUCUGAUAUAAAGGUAUAUAAUCUCACACAUCUAAAUCCAGCCACUGAAUACAAAAUUUGUAUAGAUAUUCCCACUAUCCAUUCACAGAAUAAGAAACAAUGUAUCAAUGUAACCACAAAAGGACUGGACUUGGCAGUGAAAGACUACGAAAAGAACAACAUAAUAGGAUUCCUUGCCUGCCUUGGUGCUCUUUUGGGAAUCAUCUCUGUGAUAUAUCUUUACAGCUGCACCUCACGUGAGAUGAACUAUGAUGUUGGACACAGCUACCUGGAGAAACAAUCCUUUUCACUCAGUGAGUUUUAUCCUCCUCUAAUCAGUCUUUGGGACGUGGGCAAAGAAAAAAGCACAGCAAUGGAAGUAAAAGCAACUGUAAUAGGUGUACCAACCAAUAUGUCAUAA